AUGCACAAGUCAGAAGAUCCGAUUAUCUGCCCAGUCGCUCCAUUAAAACACAUACUGCGUGCUCGAGAAGAAGUCGCAGACGAUAGUAUCUUCCUGUGCGGUGAGACUACCUCGGCGGACGUCGCAACCGCGCUCAAGGCAACAGCUACUAGUGCCGGAGUCUCAGCUGCCAAUUACUCAACACAUUCCAUCAGAAUCGGAGGCGCCACAGCGCUUCUUACAGCUAUAUGA